AUGAGUUUCUUACUCCUAGUCGGCCUGAUUGUUCUGCAAUUGAUCCUACCAGUGUCCGGUGUCCAUGGGGGCUCUGAUAUUAAACCAGGAGGAGCAAAACUAAACGAGCUUUCGAAUGCGCAGCUCCGAGCAUUUACAAAUCUGAACCGAGCGAGGAGCACCUGGCAGAGUAAAAACGGCACACAUGCAAUCGCAAGCCCAUGUAAAGGGGGCUUUAAGAAGCCCACCUACAAACUUUCCGCUUUCCAGUUCAAUAAAACGGGCAUAGAAGUGGGCGACAGGAGCAUGGCACACUUCGUCUUACACGACAUUGCGAAUAACGAGACGACUUCGUGUACGACGCCCUAUUUACAGGAUCCGAACAAGCCGAUGUGGAAUAACUGCGCUGGCGACAAAGAUGCGGUAACCCCGAAGACUAUAUUCAAGUAUACAGCUUCCGCUAGCGAGGUCGAAAUUAACCAAAUGUGGAUAUGUGAAGUCGAAAACAAGACGCAUCCUCUACCUUAUUUUUCAUCGGCAAAGGCUGACCUUACCGGGCUUUUGGAUUGCGUCGACGAUCCCACGCAGACAAGAUGUACAGUGGCAGACGAGAAGAUAUCGCCAUUCGACGGGGACUACGUAACCCCGGUCUGGAAUUCUGACACCAUGGAUAUAAUCCCGCCUUCUGAAAAGGAAGUCCUAGGCACGCCGUGGAAUCCCACUCCCUGCAUCGGCACGUCCUUUAGUUAUCCGAACUGGGACGUGCAGAACGUUACGCAAGGGAAAGGAGAUGAUGGGACGACGUUGAGUUUCAGCUUGAGCAAUCACGCCAACAACCAGUCGACAGCGUGCACUACUAAAGGGGGUGAGUGGUCUACCUGUGAUAGCGAUUCAACGGAAGUAAGGUUCACCGAAGAGACGAGCGAGCUCGCGAUUAACCAAACAUGGGUCUGCAACGGAGGGGACAAGUAUCCAAAAGAUGUUACGUUCCGAGCUAUCGGCACCGCACCUAUAGAUAUCGAAUCUAAAAAGUCAACCUACGUCAAAGGAUCACUAACCGAGCCGAUCGAACUGAGUCCCAACGUCGCCCCCGAAGGCGUAAACCACCCCGGCUGCCUCGAGACCUCCGAGGCGCCUACUUGGAUAGUAACUUCUUGGGUAUGGAACGAGAGAUGGCGCAACGGAUACAACGCCGGGGACCUAACGGCGACAUUCCACAACCCCUCGACAGGCUUCAACCUGACAUGCACCGGCGACGGCGAGGAACUCAACCGCGACGGACGGUACGGCUACGAGCGCUGGUGGGGCUGCAGCCUAGCACGCUCGCCCUUCGACGACUACCGCACCAUCUCCUCGAUCAAGCUAAACCCUCUGACGGGAGUCUUCUCCAUAGACCAGAGAUGGUACUGCAACGGAAACGGCGACGACAACCCCCCAGCCAAGUUCCGAGCAGUCGGGAACGUGGACACGAGCCUAGAUUGCUCGUGGAACAACAACACCGCAACCAACACCUCCACGAAGACCUGCCACCAAACCGCGCUCCCCCUAACCCUACGCGGCACCGUGACCGAGCGCACCGACCUAGCCCAAGACGCCUUCUUCGAGCUUCCCCCCGAGGGCUACAGCUGCACCAUAGCCUCCGUGCUCUCGACGCAAUGGCAGAUGGGAUUCUCCUCCGACGCGCUGUACGCGGCGCCUACAUUCGCAGACUCGCUCGAUACCAAAGUGCGAUUCGGCAUCCAAUUCGUCGCGAUUGACGGGUUCCAGGGCGUCGCGUACGAGGGCUUGGAGACGACCCCGUAUCUACCUACGAGCGACCCCGCGCGCUGGCACGAGUGCAAGGAUUAUAUUGCGGGGGGCCAGUCGUCCGACGCGUGGGCGCGCCAGUCCCUGGAUUGCAAGUGGCAGCUUGAUCUUGCGACUGGGUAUAUUGCGAUGAAUCAUACGUGGUUCUGCGACGACAAGGACCCCGAGAAUCCAAUUAUCUUCACAGGCUCGGGGAGCAGAUUCUACGACACCUCUUGCUACGUCUACCGCGGGGACGACGAGAUCUCGUGUCACCUAGUGGGGUUGAAUCCGCCGCCUGUAUUACCGACGUACUUGUCGUGGAAGAGUGUUCCCGCCGCGGAGUUAAGGGCUUGGGAUUGA